AAAAAUUAUAUGGGCGGAAGUUAGACCCCCUGACAAUAUUAUUUUGCUGCUGUUCCAUAGCUGUUGCGUAAGUCGCAGUACGUCAUUUCCAUCUCUAGCCAGUACAUUGUGAAUACGCUUUGCAGCGCUUCUUUCUACGCUAUGAGCACUCUGUAUACCCCGCUCUUAGCAAGGCUAGCAACGAUCAAGGCCGAUGUGAAUUAUUCUACUUUGUGCGUCUUGCUCGUUGCUGCAUUGCUGGCGGCGAUAAGAGGCAUCGUAUCGAGAAGGAAAUCAUGGAUCAGGGUAGGGCGCUCGCCGGGUCUCUUCGGAUUGAACAAAAAAGCCGCGGCGCAAGACUUUCGACAAAAGGGACGAGCAAUGGUGCGAGCUGGCUACACAGAGCAUAAGGGCAAGAACUUCGUCAUUCAGACGGCCGAAAAGGAGCAGUUGGUCAUUGCGCCAAAUUUCCUGCCCGAGAUACGUAUGCUACCCGAGACCAAGAUAAGCCACUCCCAGGUGCUUAUGGAUUAUUGGGUGGGCGAGCAUAUUGGCGGGGAUAUUGCUAUGGGGGGCCAGCAGCAUAUUGAGGCUGUCCGUGGUCCUCUAACGCGGAGUCUUAAAACAGUGGUACCCAUAAUGCACCGCGAAUAUCGGCGCACAAGCGAAGCCCUAUUCAGUCAGGUUCCUAAAGAUACCAAGCAGAUGAACGUCCACCAAUUCUGUUACGCCAUGGUCCAGAGCUUAACCUCGACGGUGUUCAUUGGCGAGGAGCUCGCCCAUGGUGGUGACUGGGACAAGAUUGUCAUGGAGUACUUCCCCGAGGCCUGGCGCAUUCGUGAUGCACUGAAGCCUUGGCCCCGCGUCCUUCGGCCCCUCGUGAAACCCUUUCUUGUGCGCGACAACAAGCUGGAGGCGAUUCUUACCAAGGCCGACCGAUUCCUUGAGGAGCCAAUUCGGAAGCGACUUCACCCGGAUAAUCAGGACGUCGAUAUUCUCAAGUUCCUGGCUGAGUACAAUGAGUCUCCACGAAAGGUCGCCUUGCAGAUAGUGGGAAUUAUUACAGGAGCAUUGAAUACGUCGACUUAUGCCAUCACGCAAGCCAUUAACGAUCUUUGCGCGCAUCCAGAGUAUAUUGCCGAUAUUCGUGCUGAAGCCGUGACAGCCCUGGCCAGUGAAAAUAUGCAAUGGACGUUGGAAGUCAGCAAAAAGCUGCACCUGCUCGACGCGUUUCUGAAAGAGUCGCUGCGCAUGAUGGCGCCUGAAGGCUUGGCUAUUACACGGGUCGCAAAGUCUUCCUUCGGCCUUUCCGACGGGACGUGGAUCCCACAAGGAACGUACAUCGCGGUAGCCGGCGAGGCCAUGGCUCUCGACCCGGACUUCUACCAGAACCCCGAGACGUUUGACGCCCGCCGCUUUCUCGACAUCAAAGGUCUGCCGCUGUCGCCUGACCGCGAGUUCCACGGCAUUGAGCCCGGUAACGGUAUGUGGGGAAGUGGCCGCCUCACUUGUCCUGGGCGUCACUACGCCAGCGCCCUGGGAAAGAUGAUUGUGGCAAACUUAUUACUCAAGUACGAUAUAUCGCUUCCAGAGGGACAGAAAGAGCUGCGACCAGGCACAGAGAUGGACGCCAAUCUCUUGCCCGAUAUGACUCAAAUGAUUGUCCUGUCAGAACUUGAAUAGAUCAUUAUAGUGUUAUGGGGUAAUGCAGUAUGGGAACUAACUGAAGGGACCUAAGAAAGGUGGCAUUUGUGUCUAGCUGCAGGUGUAGUAAUUGUUUCUAUGAUGGGCCUACAACCAAUAUGCAAAGGGACAUGUGACGUUACAUACAUUACGUACUCUGUAAGGGACCCC